UGGAAAUUCGAAUAACUUUUACACAUAUUUUAGUACUGCAAAGUAAAUGUGGUAUCAGUGCAUGCAGAAAGUAAUAUAUUCUGUUGUAAAAUAUAAGUUUUGCUGAAGUCCCACUCCGAUCAUCUUUUUUUUAAAAUGUUCCCGGUUGUCUUUUAAUUUUGAUUGUGCUGUUUUUAGACAAAAUCUAAAAACUUGUGACACGCAAUAUUGGAGAAAUCCUCAGACGAAGAAAAUGAAGACAUACAUGGAUCUAGUGAUCUACAAGUGUAAAGGAGUAUCUUCUACGUCACAAACACAACCUCUUGCAAACCCCCAUUUUCAUGCCUGCUCCUGAUUCAUAACAAUGCGAAAAACUAUAUUUAGAAAAUGCUAUUUCAAGAUAAAUUUUCUUUAUUUAUGUCCACCGACAUCAGGGGAAAAAAUGCGCCGGAGUGGGGUUUUAAACGUUAAAGAUAGCAUUAGCGUUUAUACAUUUAUUUUUCCCAGAAGGGUUUUAUUGUGAAAAGGCCGUCGCCGGAAGUCUCCAGCAUGGUGACCGCUGCUGGAAGAGCCUGUGGUGGGACAGCGAUGGGUCACCGCCGAUUUAUACCUGAAAUAAGAAAUCGAAGUGAAGCCUGCUCUGCGGCGCGAAUGGCGGGCGCGCGCUCAGUUUAGUGUUUUCCGCCGCGUGCCGGGUCAAUCUGGACCCAGUUUGUGACUCUUCGGCCGCAGAGAUUAACUUAGCGGCUCGGCUGGUUUCGAGUCGGGAGGAAGUUUUCUGUGGCGACGGGAGCGCCGGGGAGGGCCACAACAUCCCGACAUGAUGGAGGACGCCGGCUCGGCCCUGGAGAAGAACGUGGCUGACCUGACGGUGAUGGACGUGUACGACAUGGCCGCGGUGGUGGGUCAGGAGUUCGAGCGGAUCAUAGACCAGUACGGCUGCGAGGCUCUGUCCCGCCUGAUGCCCAAAGUGGUUCGGGUUCUGGAGAUCCUGGAGGUGAUGGUGAGCCGCAGAAUGAGUCCGGAGACCGAGGAGCUGCGGCUGGAGCUGGACCGGCUGCGGAUGGAGCGGCUGGAGCGGCUGGAGAAGGAGAAGCGGCACCGACAGGAGCUGGAGCGGGUGGAGGACGUGUGGCGAGGAGAAGCUCAGGAUCUGCUCUCCCAGAUCGCUCAGCUGCAGGAGGAGAACAAAGCCCUCCUCUCCAACAUGUCCAUCAAUGACACCAUGAACGAGGAGGACCUGCAGAGGCACGAGGGUAUGACGGAGAGGGAGAAGCAGGUGAUGGUGAAGCUGAAGGAGGUGGUGGACAAGCAGAGGGACGAGAUCCGAGCCAAAGACCGCGAGCUGACGCUGAAGAACGAGGACGUGGAGGCCCUGCAGCAGCAGCAGUCCCGCCUCAUGAAAAUCAACCACGACCUGCGGCACAAGACCUCGGUGGUGGAGGCUCAAGGGAAGGCGCUCAUCGGCCAGAAGGUAGAGCUGGAGGCCGCCGCUCAGGCCCAGGCGCAGGAAGUGUGCGCUCUGCGGCAGGAAGUGGCGCGAUUACGGGAGCGACUUCAGGGAGGGCCGCCCGCAGGGGACUCUGGGAACGCUCCACCACAGCCGCCGUCCCCUGCCGAGUGUGGUCAAGCUGCUCAGGGUGGGUCGCGAUGGCCCGACCCGUCUAAAUGGACGCCCGCUGGGUCUGACCCGACCCCGCAGGUCCGGUCAGGCUCCCUCAGUUCUGAGGUUCAUGAGGAUGAGGAGGCAGAGGACGAAGCAGUGUUUUUCUGGGAGGCGAUGUGCGGUGAAGACAUGCCUGCUGUGUUCCAAUAUUUCACCCAGGAGGCGCUGUGCGAGGAGGACUCUGGAGGCCUGGACCUGAGGGACCCCAACAGACCCCGCUUCACCCUGCAGGAGCUGAGGGACGUCCUCCACGAGAGGAACGAGCUGAAGGCCAAAGUUUUCCUGCUGCAGGAGGAGCUGACGUACUACAAAAGUGAUGAAGCAGAGGAGGAGAUCGUGACUCCCUCUCCGUCUCCCUCCCCUGAACUGAGGAAUCGCUCGCGCUCCUCUCCACCACAGGAGUCAGGGAUCAAACGCCUGUUUAGCUUCUUCUCACGCGAUAAGCGGCGCAGCUCGCAGCAGAGCGGCCAGCUUCACUCCAGCUUCAGCUUGUGGAAGGACGACGUGUACACGGAGCAGGCGCAGGAGGCUCUGCAGCACCUGUGACCACCGCCGCCGCGGCUCAAGCUCCGCCCCCUCCAGGGAACAGAUGGUGUUCUGACGAUGUUCUGGAGAGAAAAGGUUUUUCACGUGAAAUGUUGAAGGACAGAGAAGGAUUUGACCCGGACUAAAACCGUUUAAAGGGUCUUUAAAAAAAUCCUUCCACUUGUGUGGAAGCUACACAUUUGUGGGAUGAAAUGAUGUAAAAAUGUCGGUCAGACGACGCGUCCAUCAUCCGCAUUGUUCAGAGUGUGCAGCUUCAUGCAGAAAAAAAGGCAAACAUGAUAUUUUUGUGAAGAAACCCUCAGAGAUUGACUUAUUUAUAAAAUCUAAAAGAGUAUUUCUGC